GCAAUGUUUAUCAACAUGGGAGGAGCCCAGCGGCUUUCGCUUUUCAGGCUGGUGCGGGACGGCGCUGCGCGGGGACAUGGCUGGGGGACUCUUCCAUCUACUUCUCGUGGUUGUGUUAGUUAUGGAAACACGCUGCAAAAAUGAUACAGAAGUUCCCAUACACAUAGCACAUAAUAAAUCUAUUACAAGGAAGAGGAGCUUUGCUAAGCGAGAAAUUACCUGUACAGAGAAGGAGUACAGUUUAAAUGGUCAGUGUUGCAAAAAAUGUGGACUUGGUCACUUCAAACGUACUGAGUGCCCAAACACUGAAGCAGAGUGUGUACCAUGUAAACCUGGAGAGUUCAUGGAUCAUAUCAAUGAUUUGGACAAGUGUAUGAGAUGUCAUUCAUGUGACACAACACUUGGUUUCAAGGUUGCAAAGAACUGUACCCCAACACAGAACACAGAAUGCUCCUGUGCAAAGAACUAUUAUUGCACUUCAAGUCUGUGUGCAGAUUGCAAGCAAUGUACCAUAUGUGAAAAUGGCCUAGUUGAAAAGGAAUGUACUUCAACUUCAGACACUGUGUGCGGAAGGCAAGAAGCAGGAAUGCCAUCUUGGGGCACCGCAAUUAUUGUCAUAAGUGUGGUAGCAUUAGCAGUUGCAGCAGUAAUGUUCUACCGCAAGAGAAAACAGAAGAGUUUUACUAGCCAAGAUAACAGAGGUGUAGCAGUCCCUAGAGGAGAUAGUUCUAAUGAGACUUCAAAACUCAUGGAUAUAGAUAUUGACCUGAGCCACCAUGUCCAUGACAUUGUGUUGGAAAUGACACUAGAUGAGGUCAAGACAUUCGUUCGUCAUCACCGACUGCCGGAACCUAUCAUAGAUCAAGUUACCUGGGAUAACAGCAGUAACGCAAUUGAAAUGAAGAUUAAGCUCUUUCAGAAAUGGCAUCAAAGUCAUGGGAUAAGAGGAGCCUAUGGAACCCUAAUAAGCAGCUUGAGAGAUUUAAAAAUGCGUGCAGUAGCUGAUAAAAUUGAGGAAAAACUGAAGGCAACUGCUUCCAGCGAUCAGGAAAGGAGACAGUCUUAUAAUGAUAAAACUGAGCAAAGCAAAACCUGCAGUCAGGAAGGUGGAAAAUCUCCUUGUGAUAAUGCUGAGCUAAGUAAAACCUACACUGAUAGAUCGGAAGAGACAUAGAAAUAAUUUUCUUAUGAUUCUGUGCUGACUGAAUUAGUACUUUUUUUAAUACUACAAAUAACUAAGCUUCUAAAAGCCAUUUUGUUGGCAGCUCAGGGAGUUUUUCAGGGUACGUAUAACACAAAUGAGGUAUAGUUAGGAUUUUUGUAGAGGUAUGUUUCCUUUAAAAAAAAAGUCUUAACUGUUGAUUUUGAUUAUUAAAAACAGGACAGAGAAGAUUUAUGGCUUAUUAGAAGUGACAGUAGAAGAGUUCGGCUAUAGGACUUGUUACAAAAAGAACAAAGUAGUCACUGGCAAAAAGGUUUAACUCAAAUGUGGUAGUCUUGUACACUGACUCAAUGUAGUGUUUUUGAUUACAUUGAAAUUAUGAGGUGUUGCAUUUUUCAAAGUGAAAACUCUGGCGUUAAGAGUGUAUAAAAUAUACCAGAAAGAAUGCUCCAGCAACAACAAAAUAAUAAACUUUAAUAUACACCUAAUCAA